AUGAAUUCGUAUCUUGAAAGUGAUUUAAUAGAAAGUCAAUGUAAAGAUAAAUUCAUUGAAAAUCUGGUGCUCUCUAUUGAAGAUAUGGACGCAAGCCUACGUUUUGUUGGAUUGCAUCCAGAGUUUGUAAUCAUUGACAACAACAAAGUUGAUAAUCCUAAUGAUGAGAGAUAUGGUCAAUUGCCCCAAAUCAUUAAAGAGUACAUAGUUGAUUACUUAAAAUCUCAUAAUCAUCCAAAAGCUGAGAUGUUUUCACAUGUGAUGCCACAUAGACUGGAAAUGCCUUGGAGAACAAUAAACAACAACAUUGAUUGUGGUGUGUUUACGAUGCGUCACAUGGAAACGUAUAUGGGUGGAAGUAUGAAUGAGUUUAAAGUUGGGUUCAAGAACGAGUCUUCUGCACAAGAUGAUCAACUUGUUAAACUGAGGACAAAGUAUUUAUACAAAAUCGUCACUCAUGAAUAUAAUGUGCAAAAGGAUUAUGUGCUGCAAAAGGUUGAUGAAUUCCACAAGAUUCCUUCAAGACAACGUUCUCAACUGUUGGCCAUUGCAAAUGAACAAAUUCACAGGAGAUUGGAUGAUUUAAGUUAAUUAUGUUAAAAACGUUAUUUUAGUUAUGACUUCGAUGGUUUCUUUUGGAUAGUUUUAAAACAAUGGUUUUGUAUGCUAACGAUAUUAACUUGGGUUGCAGAACAUACAAUAGUUCCUUUUGGUUUGCUAAUUUUAGUAAUGGAAUGGU